UUUUCUCAGUUUUCAAAUGACGAGUGCGUGGGAAUGUAUAUGUUAACGUUAAUUUUAAUUUCUAGACAGUAAAUAUGUCUUUGUCUGAAUAUAAGGAACUUAUUAGCGGCUUAGCUGUCGUCACAACAGUAUUGAAUUUUUUGGCAGGAAUGCUGGUGUGCAAGCAAUAUGUGGUUAAUAGAUCUACAGCCGAAGCAUCACCACUGCCUUUUCUUACCGGUGUUCUAGCCUCGGCCCUGUGGCUCAUGUAUGGGAUCACCAAAGAUGAUAGUAAGAUAAUACUAGUGAACAUAAUAGGAAUAACACUCAUGACAUUGUAUUCUCUUGUGUUCUAUAUGUAUACCUACAAGAAGUCUACUACAUUUAAGCAGAUGGUCUUUACAAUGGGUCUGCUUGUUUCGUCUGUAGGAUAUUUAAGAUUUGAGGAGGAUAAAGAAAUUCUUCUCGGCCGGCUGGGAACAGUUGCAUGCCUCGUCACACUGCUGGCAAUAGCUGCUCCAAUGAGCAAGCUGUUCUAUGUGUUAAAAGUGAAGAGCACAGAAUGCCUCCCGUUCCCUAUGAUCCUCAUGUCAUUCUUUGUGUCAAGUCUCUGGUUCCUGUAUGGUGUUAUAGAGGAAGAUAAUUAUUUGAUUCUACCAAACAUAGUGGGCGGGGGCCUUUCGGUAUUCCAGCUUUCGCUGUUCGUCGUGUUUCCCCGUACACCUCCUCUCUUGCCUAAGAGCGUGUUAGCGUAAUCUACAGACUUAAAGGCUAAUGAAAACCCGUUGUGCUGAGAAUGAUGUAAGUUUUCCUAUGUUUUACUAGUAGCUGUUAGGGCGUUACUAUGACUGUGUCGGCUGUUGCCUAGCGGCGAAGAUG